CCGGCGGGUCGCUGUGGUGGGGGUUGGUAGAGGACGCUUCUCGAGGGCGCGCGGAGCCCGGCCGGUGACAGACACGCACGCGCGCGGGCGCUCCCGGCUACUGCGCGGCCCCGCGACCCCCGUCGGCCGCCGAGAGGCGCGGCGUCCGCACCGCAGCCGUCGAGGGUUCCUGUCCAGGGGCGUCCCCCGGCGCCGGGCCGCACCCGCUUCUCCCGGCGUCCUGUCCCCGCCGUCGUCAGACAGUGCCCCUUCACUCACCUUUCCGUCCCCGGGCCGGGUCCUCGCGGCCCAUGCUGGCCGCUGGGGACCCACGCCGCCUAGCUCCGCCUCGGGCCGGCCCGCCGGCCACCAUGGUGGUCCUGAGGCCUGUGCAGCUCCUCCAGGGGGGCUAAAAGACCCCGAACGCGCUCCCAGGGGUGAGAGGGUCCCAGGCCGGUGACCCCGCGCCAUGGCCGGAGCCAUCGCUUCCCGCAUGAGCUUCAGCUCGCUCAAGAGGAAGCAGCCCAAGACCUUCACCGUGCGGAUCGUCACCAUGGACGCCGAGAUGGAGUUCAACUGCGAGAUGAAAUGGAAAGGGAAGGACCUGUUUGAUUUGGUGUGCCGGACGCUGGGGCUUCGGGAAACCUGGUUCUUUGGACUGCAGUACACAAUCAAGGACACCGUGGCUUGGCUCAAAAUGGACAAGAAGGUGUUGGAUCAUGAUGUUUCGAAGGAAGAACCAGUUACCUUUCAUUUCCUGGCCAAAUUUUAUCCUGAGAAUGCUGAGGAGGAGCUAGUUCAAGAGAUCACGCAACACUUAUUUUUCUUACAGGUGAAGAAGCAGAUUUUGGAUGAAAAGAUCUACUGCCCUCCUGAGGCUUCAGUACUCUUGGCUUCCUAUGCUGUCCAGGCUAAGUAUGGCGACUAUGACCCCUCUGUGCAUAAGCGGGGAUUUUUAGCCCAAGAGGAAUUGCUUCCAAAAAGGGUGAUAAAUCUAUAUCAGAUGACUCCAGAAAUGUGGGAGGAAAGAAUUACUGCUUGGUACGCGGAGCACCGGGGCAGAGCCAGGGAUGAAGCUGAAAUGGAGUAUUUGAAGAUAGCUCAGGAUCUGGAGAUGUACGGUGUGAACUACUUUACAAUCCGGAAUAAAAAGGGCACAGAGUUGCUGCUUGGAGUGGAUGCUCUGGGGCUUCAUAUCUAUGACCCUGAGAACAGGCUGACCCCCAAGAUCUCCUUCCCCUGGAAUGAAAUCCGAAACAUCUCCUACAGCGACAAGGAGUUUACUAUUAAACCACUGGAUAAGAAAAUUGAUGUCUUCAAGUUUAACUCCUCGAAGCUGCGUGUUAAUAAGCUGAUUCUCCAGCUGUGUAUUGGGAACCAUGACCUGUUCAUGAGGAGGAGGAAAGCUGACUCUUUAGAAGUUCAGCAGAUGAAAGCCCAGGCCAGAGAGGAGAAGGCUAGAAAGCAGAUGGAGCGACAGCGGCUGGCUCGAGAGAAGCAGAUGCGGGAGGAGGCAGAGCGUACAAGAGACGAGUUAGAGAGGAGGCUUCUGCAGAUGAAAGAAGAAGCCACCAUGGCCAACGAAGCUCUGAUGCGAUCUGAGGAAACAGCUGACCUGUUGGCUGAAAAGGCUCAGAUCACAGAGGAGGAGGCCAAGCUUCUGGCACAGAAGGCUGCAGAGGCUGAGCAAGAGAUGCAGCGGAUCAAGGCCACAGCCAUUCGCACCGAGGAGGAGAAGCGCCUGAUGGAGCAGAAGGUGCUGGAGGCUGAAGUGCUGGCGCUGAAGAUGGCUGAGGAGUCAGAGAGGAGGGCCAAGGAGGCUGACCAGCUAAAGCAAGACUUGCAGGAAGCCCGGGAAGCAGAGCGAAGAGCCAAGCAGAAGCUCUUAGAAAUGGCCGCCAAGCCCACAUACCCACCCAUGAACCCAAUCCCAGCCCCGCUGCCUCCUGACAUACCGAACUUCGACAUCAUCGGUGAUAGCCUGUCGUUCGACUUCAAGGAUACUGACAUGAAGCGACUUUCCAUGGAGAUAGAGAAAGAGAAAGUGGAGUACAUGGAGAAGAGCAAGCAUCUACAAGAGCAACUCAAUGAACUCAAGACAGAAAUUGAGGCCUUGAAACUCAAAGAGAGGGAGACAGCCUUGGACAUCCUACACAACGAGAACUCGGACAGGGGCAGCACUAGCAGCAAGCACAACACCAUUAAAAAGCCUCAAGCCCAAGGCAGAAGACCUAUCUGCAUUUGAGUCCUCAAACUCACUCUGCAGAGCGCCAAGUCCCGAGUGGCCUUCUUUGAAGAACUCUAGUAGGUGACCCGGCCACCUUAGGAUUUGCCACCUGCUGCUCCUGACACCAACAGGACGGGUCUGACUCCACAGGAACCAUCAACAGGGACUCACUUGUUUUGAGAACUCUGAGCAGAAGGCGCAGUCUCCCUUGUGUCCAGUUGUUUUUGACCUCUGACCCUGUAGAGAUCGGUCAAGGUGUUCUAGUUCUCCUCUCUGUCUCUCUAGUUCUCUCUCUCCCCCUCCCUUUCUCCCUCUCUCUUUCCCCAUCUCCCUGUCUCCCCUCUCUAUCUCCCCCUCCUUUCUCUCCAGAUUUGUUAUACAUGAGAUACCAUUCUUCCUGCGUCCUAGGCACUGUGGUGUAGCGUUCCUAUCCCUGCUGCUGACUCCAGACUCUGGUUCAGGAAGCAGCCAUAGGAGUCCAGUGUAGAGGCUGCCUGAAAUCUACGCUGCUGGUGCUAUCCGGUCCCCCACUGGGUUUCUGGGAUGGGCCUCUCCUCCACAGUAAGGGCCUGUCACAGUGCAGGAGCAUGGCCUGGCUGAGCUCAGAACCGGCAGUGAUGGUCCUUAGCCAGGCUCCCCCGAGGCAGUGCAUCUGAUUGGGAGGAAGCAGGCAGGGCAGCUGUGGCAGGGCAGAGACGUGAGAUAGAAGCUGUGGUGAGAGACUGGUGGCUAGCUGAUGGGCUGGGACACAAGUGGAACCCAUUCAGGGACCUGACUGUACUGUGUGUACCUGACUCCCUUUAGUCUUAGUCAUCUGCCUGUGGUGGGCCAAGGGCUUCCUGGUCACAUUCCCAUGAGUGCCUGGGAAUCCCUCAUUGGUUCCCAUUCAGCACAUGGAACUCCGGAGCCCUACUGCCCAUCCUAUCAUACUCUUCAUGCCUAGGCCUCAUUGUCCUUGUCUUCCCUGAGGGCCUACCCAGCAGUGUCCCUUUGGUCCCUCCUUUCCUGAGCCUGGAAUAGGUAGACACUCAGCAGUCACACGGGCUAACCUUUACUAUGGCUCGUCUCCAUGCUGAGCAGCAUGUACUCACACACGCCAUGGUUGGAUCGACAUUCUUUGUAGCUGGUGUCACUACUAAGGCCAGUCAGGCCCCUUUAGGUUCUAAUAGCAGAUGAUAUAUGCCUCAGUCCACAACAAAAAGUAUAACUGAAGAAAGCUAGCUGAGUUGUGGGGCUGAGAGCAGUGUUAUCCUGCACAGUAGUUUGGUUUUGAGAAACUGAGGCACGCUUCCUUGUUCCCGCUGGCUGGCUGCCCGUUAGCCCAUUUUGCCUUAGGCAGCCACCUCUGAGUGUUACCCCAGCCUCUUUGGGCACCUAGGACUCUAGUCUGGGACCUAAGGCUGAGGAAAAGUCCUCUGAACUUGACACCCAGCAUUUGCCAAGUCUGCCAUGGCUCUGAAGUUGAGCUGUCUUCUCAGGCCUAAAACUCUCCCUUGAGUUUCUUCCAGGACUGACUUUCUUCCUCUCUGUAAACUUAAUCUGACAGUGGCUGUGGGCCAUAGGACCAUGAUGCUGGUUCAUAAAAAUUGUGCCAGGCCUUGUUUUUAAAUGUAACUAUUCUUUUUAUCUCAAAUUUGGGAAAUGCCAAGCUACAUAACCACGUGGGAGCCCUGGUAUUUGAGCAGUGGAAGUGUAACCAUUGCCUGGAAGUUGGAGCCCAGAACCCAGUCAGAAGUACCUCAGGUCCCCUGGAGUGAGGGUGUGGGGACUUUAUGUCUCCAGCCCCAAAGAAGGUUGAGAGCAAUGCCCACUUUGAGCCUGUGGCUGAGCGCUUUCUGGUAAACAAUUUUAGUCAAGGAAGGACAUGUCUGAAGUCCAAGGGAAGUGGGCUCCAACCCUGGCUGUUUCACGUCUAGCUUCAGUGGCUCUUUGGUAGGGGUCCAUGAUACUAAAACAGUAAGUCACUCUCGGUGCAGGACACUGAAGUCUUGCUGGUCACACACCCUGACUGAGGCCAUACCUCAGCCGCAGCCGCACUGUGGCCUGAGGUCACUGCCAAGGCCUCGCCAGGCAGUACCCAUGGGCUUACAUAACACUACUUCAGUUACUGCUUCAUCAUCCCUUAGACAGGUUUCUCUUUGCUCCCUCACUCCCAAAAAGCCCACAGCCUGACAACCAGCAACAGUGACUUAACUGUUCUUGCCAACAGGGCCAGAGCCUCUCCCAGGUGCCUCAAGGCCAUGCCAGCGCCCAUGGGCUUCCAUUCCCCCUUGUCAAGCAGCUCUGCCUGUGAGAACAUGACGCUGCUUUCUGUGGGGUGUGGGGGGUGAUUAUAAUUUAAGUGAUUGUUUUAAUAAAAACUAUAAGCUGC